CCGGCGGGCUGAGGACUCAGGUUGCUCGCUGUUGCGCCGCCAGCUCCCCUCGCCAGCGGCAACUCGGAGGUUGCAGCCACCACUCGGGCCCACCGGGGGCUUGGCCUCCUUGUGAACAGUGCGCCGGCUCCACAGCGUGGGCCCCCAGGCCGGCCGCGUCCUCACGUGCCGAGGCAGCCGCAGUGACCCCGCCCCCGGGCCGAGGAUGUGAGACUGGCCGGGCGUCCCCGCACCGGGCCCGGGCGCCGGGAGUCGGCGGCUCGGCAGCGCUGGGCGAUGGCCCUGCUGCCGGUGCUCCUCGCCUCCUGGGGCUUGGGGCAGUGAGGGGGCCGGCGGGCGAGGGGAAACGGCCCCGGCGCGGCGGGGACCAAAGGACCUCGGGCGCCAUGGAGGGGGUUCUGUACAAGUGGACCAACUAUCUGAGCGGUUGGCAGCCUAGAUGGUUCCUUCUCUGUGGGGGGAUAUUAUCCUAUUAUGAUUCUCCUGAAGAUGCCUGGAAAGGUUGCAAAGGGAGCAUCCAAAUGGCAGUCUGUGAAAUUCAAGUUCAUUCUGUAGAUAAUACACGCAUGGACCUGAUAAUCCCUGGGGAGCAGUAUUUCUACCUGAAGGCCAGAAGUGUGGCUGAGAGACAGCGGUGGCUGGUAGCCCUGGGGUCAGCCAAGGCUUGCCUGACCGACAGUAGGACCCAGAAGGAAAAAGAGUUUGCUGAAAACACUGAAAACUUGAAAACCAAAAUGUCGGAACUAAGACUCUACUGUGACCUCCUUGUUCAGCAAGUAGAUAAAACAAAAGAAGUGACCACAACUGGUGUGUCCAAUUCUGAGGAAGGAAUUGAUGUGGGAACUCUGCUGAAAUCAACCUGCAAUACUUUUCUGAAGACGUUGGAAGAAUGCAUGCAGAUCGCAAACGCAGCCUUUACCUCUGAGCUACUCUAUCGCACUCCCCCAGGUUCACCACAGCUGGCCAUGCUCAAGUCCAACAAGAUGAAACAUCCUAUUAUACCGAUUCAUAAUUCAUUGGAAAGGCAAAUGGAGUUGAAUAGUUGUGAAAAUGGAUCUUUACAUAUGGAAAUAAAUGCUGAUGAAGAAAUCCUAAUGAAAAAUAAGAGCUCCUUAUAUUUGAAACCUGCAGAGAUAGAUUGCAGCAUAUCAAGUGAAGAAAAUACAGAUCAUAAUAUAACAGUCCAAGGUGAGAUCAUGAAGGAAGAAGGAGAGGACAACCUGGGAAAUCAUGACAGCAGCUUAGCCCAGCCUGCAUCAGACUCCUCAAGUAGCUCUCCGGAAUCCCACUGGGAAGAAGGCCAAGAAAUCAUCCCAACUUUCUUUAGUACCAUGAAUACCAGCUUUAGUGACAUUGAACUUCUGGAAGACAGUGGCAUUCCCACAGAAGCAUUCUUGGCGUCCUGUUAUGCUGUGGUUCCAGUAUUAGACAAACUUGGCCCUACGGUGUUUGCUCCUGUUAAAAUGGAUCUUGUUGGAAAUAUUAAGAAAGUAAAUCAGAAGUAUAUAACCAACAAGGAAGAGUUCACCACCCUCCAGAAGAUAGUGCUGCAUGAAGUGGAGGCCGACGUAGCCCAGGUUAGGAACUCAGCUACAGAAGCCCUCUUGUGGCUGAAGAGAGGUCUCAAAUUUUUGAAGGGAUUUUUGACAGAAGUGAAAAAUGGAGAAAAGGAUAUCCAGACAGCCUUGAAUAACGCAUAUGGUAAAACAUUACGGCAGCACCACGGCUGGGUGGUUCGAGGGGUUUUUGCGUUAGCUCUGAGGGCAGCUCCAUCCUAUGAAGAUUUUGUCGCCGCAUUAACCAUAAAGGAAGGCGACCACCAGAAAGCAGCUUUCAGUGUUGGGAUGCAGAGGGACCUCAGCCUUUACCUCCCUGCCAUGGAAAAGCAGCUGGCGAUCCUGGACACUUUAUACGAGGUCCACGGACUGGAGUCUGAUGAGGUGGUAUGACGCCUGCAGGACCGCGCCGCCUCCUAACUUCAGGGAAUAAAGUCUGCUAAAGUGUUUCAUUGCCCUGCUUGAUUUCCAGCAGCAGCUUCAGCCCUCUCCAACCCCUUCCUUGUGGGGAUGGAGAGAAGGAGGCAAAGCCUAGUGCUUUUAUAUAUAAUUUUUAAAAUGCAUAUGUCUUUUGUGUGUUUAAAAAUCAAGGUGCUACAUAUUUCAGUUCAAAGGGCCUCCUGGAAACCAAAUCAUAGCUGUUCUAUUAGAAUUGAACAGCAAGUUGUAAGAGCAGAGUUAACAAAUGAAUUUGUCGGUAUUGUGUUUUGUUUUUACCUUUUACUUUUAAUGAGCCUCCCAAACCCAAGCUGAAGAUGAGCAAAUUCUGUAUCAAGGAAUAUAACACAUAGCCAGUGUUUCAGUCCACUUAGACUAAAAACUGGGGGGAAGCUAAGUCCCUUUGUUGAAGCUAUUGAAAUGUAGAGUCUGGUGUUCCUAGACAUUCAGAGAAUCCUCUUCUCCAUGGCUUUGUAGGCAAGAAGAGCCUGUGUCGUCCAGGUGUUCGGGGCACUGGUGUGGGCCUGUCAGUGUGGGAGGAGGAAGACACAAGGAAUGCCAUCCCUGUUUAUGUGAGGGGAGACUGUGGCUCCUAAGGGAUGAGUGGUGCCCUAACUCCAAGCCAGCGAAGCAACAUGUCAUCUGUGAUGACCCCUAUCUAGUGGGGUCUUUGCCAGCGUGCUUUCCCGUGUGUCAUCUGAGUUGGACAUUACAGUGAAACUGACAUCCAGGCUUAUUAUCCAUUUCAGAAGUAAGGUUGAGAGAUUGAGGGAUUUGCUCACAGUCACACAGCUUCUAAUUAGAGGAUGCAGGUCAUUGCAGAGUGUGAUCUGGACCACUUCUGCAUCAAAAUCACACGGAGUGCUUCUUCAAAAAGCAAAUUCCCCAGCCUUACCCCGACCUGAAGAACCAGAAUAGUUCGGGUGGGACUUAGGAAUCUGCAUUUGAAUAAACUGUACCGGUGAUUCUCCUGCACCCAGGGUCGAAGAUCCACAAGAUUGAAUUCCAGUUUAAAUUCUAAUUUACAGGACUCCCCAUCUUCUGCAUGAACAAAAUGAUAGGUCCUUCUUUUCCCAGAGAGGAAGAGGCUUUCAUCGAAAUAAAAUAGUUAAAGGGAGAGCGAGAAGUGGAGCAAGUUUACUCACAGUUUUCUUGAUUGCAUGGGCCGCAGCGCCCAGCCAGCAGGCUUGGACGUUGCACUCAGGGACCACAGUUUUGAAUGUGCCAUCUGACCAAUCUCGGGAUGAUUGCCAGUCGUGAAGGGCAAGCCAGCUACAGCUGCUUAUCAACCUCAAAAGCUUUGGGACUGUGUCUGAAUUGAAAGGUGGGAUUUAAACUUGCAUCCAGCAGUGCUAGGUAGGCAUUCUCCUGGAGUGUGUGAUGCCAGGAGACUCUAGUAGGCCAAGCGGCCAUGAGUGGGUGUGGGCGGGAAGUCAUGGUGGCUUUCCCACCUGGGGCUGCUUCCUUCUAGUAGCUAGAAGAGAAGUUCCAGCAGGAGGUGGUGCCCCAGAGUAGAAGGGGAGCUCCUUCAAAGGGCACAGGUGAAUGCUACGUGAGCAGCUUCAGAUGAUACUUUCCUGGGGCAAAGAGAACCCUCUCUUUAGGCAGAGGUAGAUGUAGAGAGGGGUUUUGAUUUUGUCUUUUGUCUUUAAACAAAUUAGCAUUUAUUUAGCUCAGGUUAAUGAAACAGGUACUCCACUCACUAAGGACUUCUGGAAAAUGCUUAAACUUAGAAAAACAAAUGUUGUAAGGCUGGGGAAAAAGGUGCUAAAAUAAUAUUGAUUCUUUCGUAUUUUAGCACUUGCUGUUGGCAACUGCUGAGGGGGUGUGUCAUUUCCCCCCCUCCCACGAGUAGUUAGCGUGGAUCUCCUCUGGUUAGUGUGAGUAUGAUGGCAGAACUAGAGGAUAAUUCCGACUUCCUGCCCCUGACUUAGCCUUCUAAAAGGGAAAAAGAAAAAAACAGCCAGUUUUUGCUUGAACCUUGGAUGAGGACCCUUUAGGCAUUGUGCGGUUGGGAGGGGAUGCCCCCGGGAGACUGUAAGUGUCUGUCCUGAGCAACCGCCACUGCCCCCUGUCACCUCAGCUGACCUCGCGUCGGCUCCUGGAGAAGGGGCCGGCACACUGAAAACACCACAGAUUGGCCGCCGAGGCUCCUGAUACACACAGAAAGCUGCUCAGCAUGGCCCUUUCACAUUUAUUAGGUACUGCCUUGGUUUAUAGAACUCCGUUUUCUGGGGAAGAAGGGUUUAAUAUUCUCUAGGACCCUUGGGAACCCAGAUCAGGAUAGCUUGAAUAACUUGAAUAGCUUGUAUUUUGUACUCCGCCUUUUCCCACUCCUGUAGAAAGGGGGUAAGGUUUUUGACAGGUAUUUUCCUCACUGGAGCAUGUUCAGUUUGCCUGAGAUGUAUAAAGCUCGGAGGGUCCUAAAUAAAAGCUUAGAUUAGGUGAUAUACUAGGUGAUAAAUUCAACUUGACCGGAAGUUUGGCACAGUCCGAGCUUCCUCCUGGAUCUACGGCGUCAGCUUCUAGUUCAAGUACUACUCUGCAGGUACCGCCUAAGAUGGGAACAAAGUGAAAAGAUGGGUAAGACCUUUUCUCUGUGCUCCUCCAAGCUCUCUGGGGCGUCUCAGCUUUCUUACCCCCAGCCAGUGAGGGGAUGAACACACGAGUAUGCUUGUGCACAGAGAAAUCACCUGGCUCUCAUUGCUCAAAACAUUUUUAGGAGUCCUUUUUUAGAGUAACCUUUAGAGAGAUCCUGAAGAAAAAGGUAAUUUGUCUUCUAGGUAUCAGUAGAAGCUAAGAAACAUUUGGAUAAUCCCUUACGAAGUGCUUGCAAACACAGCAUCUCAUCAUGUGUGCACCUGUCCCCACAGGAGAGGCCAGACUUGACACGUAGGAGGGAUCAAUGUAUAUUUGUCCAGGGGAACAAAAUCCUUUCUGUGAUGGCAAUUUUUUUGUCCUUUGAAAGUAAAUUUGAUUCACUGUAGCUAAUCCUGGUGAAAAAUGUUAAGUUGGAGGGAUACCUGUUGGGGGCAAAACCAACUUAUGACUGUGAGAUGGAGAUGAUUUUCUUGUCAGCUCUUGAUCCGGCCCUGCAGGGGGUUCUAGAAGCAGGGCUCUCAGGAUGUGGAACAUCUCAGUCCCUGGGGAAUGGACUUUGAAAGGUGGUGUUCAUUAGGAUGUGUAAGUAGUGGCUUGAGGCACCUUGUUAUCACUAUUUGCAUGUCAUUCUGAACAUAAAGCUUCCUCAGAUGCCAGUUUGCACGAAAAGGGGUAGCUGAGCCUCAACUGCUUCCCUCUCCUGUUUUCUCUUACGGAAGAUUGCCAGCAGAGCCCCCUCCGAACACCAAAUCCAUUGCCUGUCUUAGCUGGUCUGCCCCAUUCCUCGCAGCGUCCCGUAACGCGUUUGGGGAGCACCUGGUACAGACCUAACCCAGGGUGAGGUGUCCAGUCAGUGCAGAUUCUCUUCCCCUCUUGGACUUCCGGAGCUUCUUUAAAGACCCUCCAUUCCCAUUUGUAGCUAUAAAGCAGGUGGCCACCGUGUGCGGGAAGUGACGUCUCCUCCGAUGAGCGCUGCUGGAAAAGUGUGCGGGCUUCUCUUUUUGAUUCUUAAUUGGACAUACGUGUAUUUCCCAAAAGUUAAUGCUUUCAACUUUAUAUUUUCGGAACAGUUCUUUUAAUUAAGAGAAAUACGUGGUAGGAGCCAGUAAAUACAGUACACCUUUCUUUAUUAAAUUUGAGAUAAGGGAGCUGAAGUAAGAGGCAUCAUGUUAAGGAGACUUAAUCUGAUGAUGAAAGUCAUACAUGUGAAGAAACAUCUAAGGCAGUAGAAAGAGUCAGAAGGUCAUGAGCAAUAUAAGAUGAUGUGAGGCAACUUUCUGAAAGAAAACUAUUUUUAUGGUUUUUUUCGAUUUAAAUGACUACAUCCCACGAGAAGUUGGUUACUUAACGGUGCAUUUCUGAAUCAUUGAUUAAAAUCAGUUGCUUCUGGUUUUAGUCCUAGGUUUUACAACUCUUCAGCUUCCCUAUUCAGAUGUUUUGUGUUUUUUUUUUUUUUUUAAGGUAACCUACCAACCUUCUUUACGUUUUUAGAUUUAGAAUUUGUAAGUAAAGUAUUUUUUAAGCCAUUGUUCUGUUAGCUGAGCUGAAGUGUUUGGUCUGAGAGGGCCUGACUUCAGGUGCUCUUUGUGAUCAGGUACAGGCUGCACAGCGGCAUCGGUGUGUACGCUAAACCUGUAUCCCUGGGAGGCGCUUGUCGAGGGCUUUACUUAGAACUACGUUCUGCUUCCGGAUGUCCCUUUGUAACCUGCAGUUGCUUACUCAGGGCUUUCAUAGUAAUGACAUAAAAAGAUACUUAGUAGCUCUCUGAUGGUAUUUUAAGACUACUUAUCAAUUAUAAGGUUGUUAGGGAUCCAUUCAACAACUCCAUGAACAUACUGUUCACUAGACCCUCUCUGGAAACGCUCCGGUCCCCAUCCUGUCGCAGCCAGUAGUCGUGUGUGCCGAGGCCAUUUGCGUGAUUUCUCGCUGCACUGCUGCACUGAGGGACUCCAGGGCAUGAUUCAGGAAUCAGUGGCAGUACAGUUGACGCAUGCAUGGGUCUUUCUCCUCUACUGUCUUGAUAUAGCCUUUCAUUAAAAGGAAAAAGACCUACCACUACUCUGUAAUGCAAGAGUUUGCGAGAUUUUUUUGGUUUCCCUUUUUAAUCACUUCUCUUUCAGAGUGAACAGAUGUUUUCAGCUAAGCUAUGUGAGAACACAAGAAAGAAAUCCUGCUUGUUUUGAGCACCAUUCUUUCUAUUACAUAGAUUUUAAAGUGUGAUCAGUAUUUCCUCCCUGUACUUUAUAAACAGCAACCACCCUGGGAUGGCUGGCACUCCUUGGGAAACGGAUGACGUCCCAGACUCCUGUGUACGUGUCUCUCCAUAGGUGUGUGUGGAGUCAGGGAUGACAGGAAGGGUGAUAGAAGUAUUCUGUUGCUUCCCAGAAGGCUAAUGAGCCAGUGUCAUGGCAUGUUUGAUGUCUGAGUCCCCAGUGUCAUGACAGUUUCACUAGAAUGUCAAUAAACAGCCCAACUACCUCACGUGAAAUUGGCUGUGGACAAUCUGUGUCAGAUGAGACAUGCAUUUAAGGUUGACUUAGUCUGGUUAGUAGAUUGAACAAAAUGAUGUCUCUAUAAAGAAGAAAAACAUUAGACCAGAUGCCAAAGGCUACCAUGUACAUAGAUUUCCUCGGAUUAAUUUUGUAAGUCAGUGUUGAAUUCCAGCCCCAGCAUUCUUAUCUCGAGUGUUUGUGGUCUCAUAGAUCCGUGCACUUUGAAUACCUGUCACGUGCAGUCUUGUGUUAACUGUCCUUGUUCUAAAACAUUUUGAAUGCGCAGCAUAAUGGCAGUAGAAAGCAAGUGUCAAGUAGUUUGUUGGUUUGUUAAUUUUAAUGGGCCUUUACUUAGAAUAUAAUGUGUUGGAGCCAUUGGGGACCAACCAGUGAAUGAGAAUUUCAUGUUUAGUGUUCAUGUUAAACUCUGUCCAAGUUCUUACUCUCUAUCUUGUGGGGAGGGUUUUACUUUUUUUGCAAAAAUGUUUGAAAACAUCUGUCAGAUUUUAUA